AUGGAGAAACCAUUUUGGAUUAAACGAUUUGAAAAUGUUUUGGAGAUUCUGGCGACUGAGGAUCAGGUGGAUGAUCUCGAAGAACCCAGUCUCUGUCAACGCAUUGAAACUGCUUAUAGGGAGAAUUUUGAUGUGAGUAGAGUCAAGAAUCAGUUGAAGAAAAAAGUUAAAUCUUCUCACCCAAAAGAUAUUAAUAAUAAUACAUCGGGAAAUGUUGAAUAUCUACAUAAUUUUAACGUGAAUCGAUCAGAUGAAAUGGAGAAACCUUACACUGUUAAGUUGCGGAAAUUCAAAAAGAAAGCAAACUUCAAAGGUGAUAUGGCCGAUAAUAACGAAAAUGAGGACGAUCCUGAGAAGGAUGACCGAAUAGAGGACGUCUUGCGUAGACUAGAAAAACCCACGCUCUGUACGCAGAUAAUGAGGAGAAUUGGCAGUUUCUGUGAUCGAAAAUGUUGCAAAUAUACAACCCGCAUAUACUUCAGGAAACCUCAUUCCUGGUAUUCAGCGACGGCUAACCUCGAUGCAGGAACAUUACUGAGAGAGAACUAUAUGGGAAUAGCAUUUGGAAUCUUUAUAGGAUUUGUGACUUACCUUGUGUUUGCUUCCGCGUUUGCCCAUGCACCAAAUAUUGCCACUCUUGCAGCUUGUUACAUAAUGAUGUUUGCUGUUUUUGGCAUUGCCUUUUCUGCUGACUUUAGAUGCGUACUCAUCAACACUAUUCCUUACAUUGUUGCGAGUAGAACUCGUUGGAUGCUACUGAUGAUCGCCACAACCCUAGUAACCACUGGUCCAGCAAUUAACUUCAUGCACAAUUCGGGCAACUUUCGGAACGCGAUCGCUUGUGUUCUAAGUCAGGUUAAUUCAAACGCAGAACUCGUAGCCAAAAUCACUUCGUCUCCGUUAAAAAUAAUCAGAAAGAAUUUGGGAGUGUUUGUUGAAAAAAUUAAUGAUAGGCUGACAAUAUUGAGGGGCACUCUAAAGAAGUUUCAUGUAGUUUUUUUCACGACUACCAAUCUAUUCAAUGAGAAGACGAAUUGGGUGCACUCUCUUGUGGAGGCUUGUGGAGAUGAGGUUGCAAUGAAAAAUCAGUGUUUGGCUUUUUUUAAUCAAAUUUACUUCAACUGUGAAGCCAAUCUGUACGCUCUGAGUUUCUUAUGCAAAUUCAUUCGCAUGUUUGCAGCUCAGGCUUGCAAAGCCGUAUCCGGACUAAAUGAGAUUUGCAAAAAGUAUAAAGAUAAAAUGAAAUCGGAGAUGUUAGCUUUCUCGCCAGUGAGUGAGGCUGAACUCGAAGAUAGCGAAGAUUUGAUAAAGACGUAUGUGGGCACCGAUAACAUCACAUUGGAUAUAAGUGAUGAAGAUCUUGAUAUGCAAUUAGCGUCUAACUUCAGUGCUCAAGCUGAGGUCACUGAUUUAAUUGAGGAGAAAAUGGAUAAAAUGAUGAGUGCGUUGAAUAAUUUCAAGUAUAUUAUGCAGUGGCUACUAGUUGUUUGGACUCUCAUUACGGUGAUCCAGUUGAUUUUGCAAUCGGCGAGGUAUAGAAGAAAUUGGAUAAGGAAGCCACACUUCAAUAAUACCCAUAUUACUUCUCAGUUUGUUGCUCAGGAGAGAAAGGCAGCCGAACAUGGCAGGCCCACGGCACUACCACUGACAUUCUUUGAAAAGUUUCAUUACGUCAGCCUGAAAUCAUGCAGAUGGUCAAGGUUGGAGCGUCGUAACGCAACAAAGUCCUUAAUCUUCCUCAUCCUCGCAAUUAACGCUCUCAUAUUGAUGGUUUUUGCUGAUUAUGCCAUGUAUCAUGUUGUCAUGACUACGGCACCCGCAUUUUCUUAUGACUUUGGUGACGCUGAACAGGAACACGAUGUAAGUUCACCAGAUGGUGGUAAAGGAGCAAAGGAAUCGAUGGCACCGCAAAUCGACGGAAAUUCUUCCAUGGCUGAUAUUUCAAGGAGUUUUCUUCAACUGGCAAAUCCUUUAAAGGAUAUCGCUUUCAGUGUCGAUGCUUCCAUUUGUCGACCAAAGGCUUCCGAGCCAGAUCAUCAAACGACAAUAAUUAUACUCUGCGUAAUGGCCUUCACUCUAAUCAGUGUCGUCAUUGAGGUUUACGUUCUUCGAUUUCGACAUUUGAUCAUGGCCUGGUACUAUCCAACGGCUGCCUUACGAAGAGCAGCAUGGCUUCGGACUUAUAUUCGAAAUAGACGCGGUCUCUUUCUUCGUCUUAUUCACAGAAUGCGUUCUAAGAAAAAGAAACGCGAUGGUGAUAAAAAUCAUGGCAAAAUGGGCCUCUUUGAUUGGUUCCUCUUCUCCCAUCCCAAACUGGCAAAAUACAUAAAACUAGCUGGAAUCAGCCGUGUAUUCUGCGCCCAAUGCGCUAAUCCAGGAAAUCCUAACAAGACGGAUACCUUUCAAGAAAAGUUCACUCAAUGCCCUAGGUGUGGAGUGUUCUACUGCAAUCUCUGCCAAUCGGACUUGAAGGGUAUAUGUGCGAAUUGCAAUGUUCCCUUGAGAGUAAAGUCCGUGGACGCGGAUUUUGAAGUGUGCUCCUCGGAUGAGGAGUACAACUACUUUUACAAUCGUUACUUCAAUCGGCGCAAACACGACGCUUAUAAAAUACCCAAAUGUCCUCCAAGCAUAGAGGAAACUAUUUGGCCUUAUUCAACAACUGUGAACCCAGAGCUUAUUGAAAAAUUACAAGAGGUGAUUGAGAGGAGGAAAAGUUUAAUAGAACAAGAGGCAAUGAUGAAAAGAGGAUUAACGGGAAAGGGACUUUCGGCAUCCUCAGUGCCCUACACAACAACAACGGAUACAGGAACGAAAAUGUCUACAAUUAUCAGUACAGUAAAUUCCCAUGUGACAAAGCUUAAAGAGAUGGCGCAAGAUAUUAGUAGAGAGAUAGAAUCAAAAAUGCAAACUGACCAUAAAGCAGAUCCGUCUUCUAUCUUUAAUAGUUCCAAACCGUCAGCAUUAACGUCUUCAGAGACGUCUUCUGAUAGAAUCAAGUUUGAAGGACCCUCUAUUUCUUUACCUUCAGAAUUGUCAGAGGGUACAAUGUUGGAAUCCGGAAUUACUCCCUUUGAAGAUACAGGGAAAGAGAUUCAACUCUCCACACCGAAAUUUAGUUCAAUUUCAAACGAUAUCUCUUAUCUCAAACCUUUAAGCUCAGUCAAGGAUUCGAAUAUGUGUGUGAAUUUUUCAAGCAUUGGUGGAAUAAGCUCACUCAACUGCUCCUCAUUAAAUGCUCCUGACAAUUUCCAAAAGCAUAUGCAGGUUGAUCGUGAAUUUCAGGAAUUAUACUUUCUUCCAAGGAAGAAAUGUGAUACGAAUAAGUCAAAUGCUUUCACUUUCAAGAACUCAACUGCAUCUGAGUCAACUUCUGGUCUAAGUACAGGCCCAUCAAGUAUUCUUACUCUAAAUAAGGGAACCACUAGGAACAGAUCUAUUGUGGAGAGGCAAUUGAGCCCUUUAAUGGAAGAAGGUGCUAGAAAGUUUACUUCACAUAGAGAUCGUGAAAUAUCUGGCAUUCAGAGCAAGGAUUUACAAGUGACUAAUCCCAAUAGGCCUAAAUUCCACAAGGCCACUAAUAAUAACACAAAUCAAACUUAUCUCUCAUCAACUAAUCUAAGACCACGCACAAUAAAUAAUAGUAGUGAUGGAAACUUGGUUUCUACGGUGGUGUUUUUUAAAACACCAACCUCAAAUGAACGUUCAGGCAAUAACGAUGCCAAUCAGAACACAAAUAAUUCAAAUAAACAUGCAGAAACCUGUUUACGCCUUCAAAAAGAAGAUGAGGAGAAGGAGGAGGAAAGAGUGUCAAUAGACAUUAGAAAAACGCCGUCUUUGCCUUUAUUGAAUUAUUCUGGGGAUAUUUUAUCGAAGCAACAGGAUACAAACAGCUCACCAGAUAUCUCUGUUUCUGAUAAUGAGAGUACUUUGAAGUUCAGAGGAUAUUUCAAGAAAAAACCGUCUGAUCGGUAG